AUUUACAGAAAGAAAAAGCAAAAGAAAAGAAAAAAUAUUGUUUGGACGAAAAAAAGUAUUUAUUUAAUUAAAAAUAUCUGCAUUAAAAUCCAUUUAAAACUAAAUUUUGCCUAAAAACAACCAAAAACCAAACACUCUUUGGUUUAGAAAGAAAAAACAAUAAAAAAGUUUAACACAAUGCCCGUCAAAAAUGGUGGUGAAUCUGAUGCAGAAGGUGACGUAUCAGGUGGCGAAUCAGAACAUUCCAACUCUAGUCAGGGUCAUGAGUCCAGCGAUGAGGAGGCAAAUGAAAUUGAUUCCGAUGAUUCGUCGGAAAUGGAUGCCGAUGAAAUCGAAAGACGACGGAAUGAAUGUUUAGACAUUUUGGAUCAUUUGGAAAAACAAUUUAGUCAACUGCGUGAGCAGUAUUAUACGGAACGUAUUAAUCAAAUAGAACGUCAAUCUGCCGAAGUGCGCAAUGGCCGUUCCGAAGAGUAUUUACAGCCUUUGAAGGAAUUGGACAAAGUCUAUAAGAAUCGCAUAGAAGUGGCCGAGAUUCUGAAACGUUUUAGACUAGAAAAUAUAGAGCAUAAAUUUUUAAGUGAAGAACAGGCGGCUCUGCAAAAUUUUGAGAGCGAAAAACAAUUGGCACUAGAUCAAAUCUACGAUGAUCUUAUGGAGAAAAUCAGACGCUUGGAGGAAGAUCGUCAUAAUGUCGAUAUAUCGUGGGAUGACUGGGGCAACGAUAAACGUCACAGCAAAGUCCGAGGGCCGGCCCGUAAGAAAGCGGUCACCGUUAAUGGUCCCUUUAUUGUGUAUAUGCUUCAUGAGGAAGACAUUUUAGAAGACUGGACAACUAUACGUAAAGCACUCAAACGUUCAACUGUGGUGGGCUCUGUGGGUUCAACAGCCACAUGACCAUAAUUGCCAUACAAUGAAAUUUUCUUUCUCUCAAACAUCUAACUGCUAUCAUUACACUUAGAAAGGCUAACUUGAAGUCAUCUUAAUUUUUUUUGUUUAGUUCUUAAGUUUAAAUCACUUUUUUGUGUAUUCCUAAUUGAAUAAAACACUAAAAACUUA